AUGUUUGGAGUCCUAAACUUCUUCGGUUGGUUUAUUCUGCCUAACCUGCUGACAGGUUUUGCGCAGACGCUGUGGUAUCGCGUUAUGACACCAGUGGGUGAGCCCAAGCCCCUACGCAACAGCGCGCGGUUUCGCCGCGACCGUCGGCGCAUCUACUCAACCAUUAUCUGUGCGUAUCUACUUUUUUCUGUGGUAGAUGCAUAUUACUCGGUAGUACUGGAUCCUAAGAGUCCCCAGAGUCGCGAGGCGUCUCUGUAUAAGGUGCUCGAGAUUUCAGUUGACGACGCUGCAGACCUUUCCGGUCAAGAUCUGCGGUCUACGUUCCGCAAACUUUCACUCAAAUACCAUCCAGACAAGGUGGCUGCUGCUGCUUCUGCAGCCUCAGCUAAGAAUGGCCGCGCUACAGCAGGCAUGCGAAUCCAAGGAUUGUUUUCCCGCAAAGCCAAUAAAGCCGACGACUACUUAACGUGGAGCUCAGAACAGAUUGAGGCGCAGUUUAUUCAAAUCAAGGCAGCUUACGAGAUGCUUAACAACCAGGUGACCAAGUUUGGCUACGAAAGGUUUGGACCACAGGCUGUGGCAUGGUCCAAGAGGUUUGAUGUGCUUAUGGACUCUGUAGGCAAAGAUCGUGAUGGUAGUUUGACUGCACAGACAAUGCUGGAGUUUCUUGUGCUUGGACUGAAAUCGUCCAUGACAACAUUUUACCUGGGAACCUUUGGAUCCAUUGUGGUCAUGUAUACUAUUGGAUACCCCAAGACCGGCCAUGCGUGGCGUGUGUUUAUCGGUCUGUUGUGUAUGGUGUUGGAAAUCUUUAUUGUGACACGGCCGCUGUCUACAGUUUACUCAUACUUACCCGUCAUGCGCUGGUUUGGGUUAUUACCAUACCAGGCUAUUGCGAUUCUGCACAAUCUGAUGGUGACUUCGUUUGUUGCGAUUAACCAAUUGGGUCCGAUUAUUUCGGAGGGCGAGUCUGACGAUAGCGGGAGUGCUAGCAGUGACGAGAAGAAGAACAAUUCGACUGUCGCUGCAGCUAUUGCUGGUGUGCCUGGAACCGGUCUUGCUGGAGGUGGUGUGAUUCCACCUCUGGCGUCGACUCGUGGCCAGAACGUGCUACAGAAGCAAUUGGAGUUUUUGGAGCAAUUGACGGACAAUGUAGUGCAUGAGAGUGUGCAGUCAUAUCGACAUCAAUUACUGCCGUUUGUAGGCAAGGAGAAGGAACCAUUGCUGAAACAAGUGAAGCAAGCAACUGUGGAUGCACUUGUGAACCGACGGGUGAUGGACGAUGUGGAAGUAAAAGAUGCUGCAACUGAGGAAAUGCCCAUGGUGCGUGCUGCUGUGCAAGCCGAACGUAACGCUGUUUCAUCUUCCGGAUCAUCUUCUGGUUCAUCAUCGUCGCAGUCUAAUAAUCAUCCUGGGCCAGCCCGCAAGGUUGGCAGUCGCCGGAGAUAA